ACAAAACAGGCCCUUAUGGCAUUUUUGGGCCUGAUGAAUUACUGCAGACAAUGGAUUCCUGAUUGUUCAUAUUAUGACAGGAUCCUGAGGUUGACCCUGGGUCAUACAGAUCCUAUGCAGGCCCCUGUCCAAUGGACCAGUGACAUGAACACUGCAUACCAUGCCCUAAAAGCUGCCCUUUGUUCAGCCCCUGCCCUCAGGCUGCCUAAUUAUGACCUGCCUUUUCAUCUAUAUGUCACACACCAUGGGGACACAGCUUCCGCAGUCCUGGCACAGGAACAUGGUGGUUCAUUCAGACCCUGUGCUUACCUCUCCAGAACACUGGAUACCGUAGCCAGGGGACUACCAGCCUGCUUGAAGGCCAUUGCUGCUGCCUCAAUAAUGGUCCAAGAUGCUGAGAAGAUGGCUUUCAUUGUGAUCACCAAAUUCACCAAAUUCAAUACGUUGAAGCAUCUCUCGACCCAGCAUCUUUCCGUUCAGAGAUGUUGUGGUUAUGAACAAGUUCUCUUAGCCACUGAAAAUUUAGAAGUAAAGCCAACCAACUCUAUGGACACCAUUGCCCACGCCCUGCAGCGCCUACUUAAUGUUCAGGUGCAAGGAGUGGACGAUGAUCAUGACUGCCUGGAUUCUGUCGUUCUCGACUGUUCCAUUCGACCUGACCUCAUGAGCACACCUAUUCCUGGGGUUAAAAACCUCUAUGUUGAUGGCUCGUGCUCAAAAUCACAGGAUGGUGUAUACCUCACAGGUUAUGCUGUCUGUGAACUGCCAGACAAAGUGAUUGAAGCUGCAGCUGUGCCUUUUUCCUCAGCCCAAGCAGCUAAGCUCAUUGCCUUGACCAGAGCUUGUCACAUUGCUGCUGAUUAG